UUAACUCAAGAAAACUGAAAAUUGUUUGAUAUUAAGCACAUGAAAUGUUUUAAAAAAGUAUCAGACGGAAGGGACGAAUCAAAAUUAUACCUAAAGUAAACUAGCAUUUGUUCGAAAUUGGAUCUAAAAACCGGCAUUGCCAUGUCUAUGAAUCAAAUGAUGGAUUCGGACAAGCCGGAGGUACAGGUGGUCCAGGAAGCCUUAAAAAACUUGACAAAGACUAAUCCCCUUUUAAAAGAAAACGAGUUUGUCUUUACGGCUGCGAACAACUGCAUUGAGGCCCUCCAGCGAGGUUUUUACUUCUCCCUUCGAAUGUCCCAUUGGGCUAAAGACUUCAAGGAGCAGACCCAGGACAUUCUAGCUUAUCGAUUUGAGACCUCAAAAAUCAGCAAAGACUCGGAGCUUUCAAAGUUCUACGGAGACCAUCGUUCUGAGCGUUAUGGUAUAAUCUUUUCAGAGAGUACCAGUGAAAAUGUCUUUGAAGAUAUUGAAAAAAAAUCCAACCGCCCAGUGCGAUCACCCAAGAUCAAGGACGACAUAACAUGCGGCAAGAAAAAGUCAUCCUAAACAGCAU